GCGGCUCCGCACAGCCAAGAUGGCCGCGGUGGAGCUGGAGUGGGUGCCCGAGACGCUCUACAACACGGCCAUCUCGGCCGUCGUGGACAGCUACGGGCGGGCGCGGCGCCGCGACAUCCGCUCGCUGCCCGAGAACAUCCAGUUCGACGUGUACUACAAGCUUUACCAACAGGGCCGCUUGUGCCAGCUGGGUAGUGAAUUUUGUGAACUAGAAGUUUUUGCAAAGGUGCUACGAGCUUUAGAUAAAAGACAUCUGCUGCAUCACUGUUUCCAGGCUCUGAUGGACCAUGGAGUCAAGGUUGCUUCUGUCCUGGCCUAUUCCUUCAGCAGACGGUGCUCCUACAUUGCAGAGUCAGAUGCUGCUGUGAAAGAAAAAGCAAUCCAGAUUGGCUUUGUGUUAGGGGGUUUCCUGUCAGAUGCAGGCUGGUACAGUGAUGCUGAGAAGGUUUUCCUUUCCUGCCUUCAGCUGUGCACCCUCCACGAUGAAAUCCUUCACUGGUUCCGUGCUGUGGAGUGUUGUGUGAGGUUGCUGCACGUUCGGAAUGGGAACUGCAAGUACCACCUGGGAGAGGAGACCUUCAAGCUGGCCCAGUCCUACAUGGAGAAGCUGGCCAAGCACGGGCAGCAGGCCAACAAGGCAGCGCUGUACGGGGAGCUGUGUGCCCUGCUCUUUGCCAAGAGCCACUAUGACGAGGCCUAUAAGUGGUGCAUAGAAGCCAUGAGGGAGAUCACAGUUGGGCUGCCUGUAAAAGUGGUGGUGGAUGUGCUACGACAAGCAUCAAAGGCCUGUGUGGUGAAACGGGAGUUCAAGAAGGCUGAGCAGCUCAUCAAGCACGCUGUGUACCUUGCCAGGGAACACUUUGGAGCCAAGCACCCCAAAUACUCUGACACGCUACUAGACUACGGAUUUUACUUGCUCAACGUAGACAAUAUCUGCCAAUCUGUUGCCAUCUAUCAGACAGCGCUCGAUAUCCGGCAGUCAGUAUUUGGAGGUAAAAACAUCCACGUAGCUACAGCUCAUGAAGACUUGGCUUAUUCCUCAUAUGUUCACCAGUACAGCUCUGGGAAAUUUGACAAUGCACUAUUCCAUGCUGAACGUGCUAUUGGCAUUAUCACUCACAUUCUCCCAGAAGACCAUCUCCUUUUGGCCUCUUCAAAGAGAGUUAAAGCACUUAUCCUGGAGGAGAUUGCCAUAGACUGUCACAACAAGGAGACAGAGCAGAGGCUGCUCCAGGAGGCUCAUGACCUGCACCUCUCCUCGCUCCAGUUGGCUAAAAAAGCCUUUGGGGAGUUCAACGUGCAGACAGCCAAACACUACGGCAACCUGGGCAGACUGUAUCAGUCCAUGAGGAAGUUCAAGGAAGCAGAGGAGAUGCACAUCAAGGCCAUCCAGAUCAAGGAGCAGCUCCUAGGGCAGGAGGAUUAUGAAGUUGCCCUCUCCGUGGGCCAUCUCGCCUCCCUCUACAACUAUGACAUGAACCAGUAUGAAAAUGCUGAAAAGCUUUAUCUGAGAUCCAUAGCAAUUGGAAAGAAGCUUUUUGGUGAAGGAUACAGUGGACUUGAAUACGAUUACAGAGGUCUCAUUAAACUGUACAAUUCCAUUGGCAAUUAUGAGAAGGUGUUUGAGUACCACAACAUUUUGGCCAAUUGGAACCGGUUGCGGGACCGGCAGUUCUCGGUCACGGAUGCGCUGGAGGACGUCAGCACCAGCCCCCAGUCCACGGAAGAAGUGGUCCAGUCUUUUCUGAUGUCUCAGAACCUCGAUGGACAGAGCAGCUAAGAACUUGGUCAAUUAACCAGUUAAGGUUUUUUCCCCCAGGUUACAGGGGGAAAAGUCAUACUGUGAAAUCUAAACCAUGUAGUUCUCUGGGGGCUGGAAUUUGCAUUGAAACACUGGUCCAGUCUACUGAAGAGUGCCCAUACGGAUGAAUGUGUGUUAAAUUCCUCUCAGCAUGUGUAUGGCAUGUUUAGUUCGGCUCACAUUUUUAACUUGGUAUUCCCAAACAAACCCCCUUCUUUCUCUCUUCUUUCAAAAGAAGCUACUUUGCAGAAAGUCUGCAAGAAAACCAUUAAAUAAAACUGUUUGAGUUCAAAAGAGUUGCAUUCUUAUUAUGGAUGGAAGAGAGCUUUCUGCUGAUUCCCAGAGAGAACAAAAGCUGUACUCUGAGGAGCUGUAGGAGAAAGGUCUUGCUGCUCUAUCACUGUAGCAAAGUUCAUGGUAAAGAGCCAGCAAAGGGAGGAUGUGCUGGCCUUGGCUGCUGCCUUACCAAGAGAAGUGGCAAAGACCCACUCUGGAGAGCACCGUCAGCUCGUGAGUGCCAGCUGUGCUGUUGUGGAUGCCCUGAACUGGACCAGUGCAGAUCCCUAGACCAGCAGCAGUGUCCUCCAGCAGAGCUCCCUGAGCAGGACCAGGACACCACAGUGGACCAGCCUGCUAGAAACCGCUUUUGGACCAGUGGCUUUAAUUUAAUAUUCUGCCCCUGCAUUCACUUUGACAGUAGAACUCUCUCAUUUAGGUGUCUGAUCAGUGCAAAUGAUAUCCAUGUGAUAGAUCCAGAGCUAGGAAGUGAAUUGAUGGUUUGUCUGUACCCAGUGAGCUUCUGCAGAGAUUCCUGGCAGUGCCACAGCUCCACAAGCUCCACUCUGCUGCAGCCACUCCUCCUUUCCUGUCCCGUGGGCUCUUUCUCUGCUAACGGAGGCUGUACCUUGUUUAUACCAGUGAAGAGUUUUGUAUCACAAUCCAGUUCAUUUUCUGUUUCUGGAGAACACAACUUACUGUACAGUUUGCAGGGGUCAGUGGAAAAUGCCAAAAAGCACAACAGGUCUUUUUUUUUUUUGUGAUGCUUCAUUUCUACAUUAAACAAGAGUACAAACCAGAAAUGAUUCCUUACAUUAAUUUCUGAAGCAGAGCUCAGCUGUACAGCCCCUCUGAGAAUGCCUCUCUCACUAGCUUGUCUUAAUUCUUCUGUUGGGGGCUUGUGUGGGUUUGGGUGUUGUUUGGUGUUUUUUUAUUCCUGAUGUUGGGUAAUGUUUGAAAGUCUGUGUGACACAAACUAGAAGUGACUCGCUGCUGUUAGCUCAGCUCUGCCCUGGGGCUGGGCCUCUGUGGGUUCUGUCCUUUUGGGGCUUUCUCUGCCCCCCCCUUUCAGGGUUUGUACCUUGGCCAGUCACAGCCAGGGCUCGCUGGCUCUUCCCCCAGGACUGGGGCUGGAUGUUCUGUUGGGUUUGUUGUUGGUUUUAUGGGGUUUGUGGCAGGGAAAGGUGCUGGAUGACCUUCAGGGAAGAUGUAGAGGUUUUGGACAUGACUUGGAGCUUAAUGGCUCUUCUUAGAAGUGAAAUUUUACAGGCCAAUAGUUCAUAUUCUGGUGCCUUCAAGUGUUUUUCUUUUUUUUGGGGGGGGGGAAAGGCUGAGUAAUAUCAACUUUAAAAUGCAAUGUAACAUAAUUAGUGAAUGCAGAUAAAUGAUUGCAUACUUAGAAUAUCUUCACUGAGGCAAAAAGAAGUUAUUUGCAUAAAACCCCCUGUGGUAUUAGGACUUAACUGCAGUGUGUCUGCAACAGCUGCUCAGUGAAAAUCCAACUCAGUUGUGUGGAUUUAAAAUGUGAUUUAUUUAUAGCAGUUUUUGUUUAUGACUGUGUAGGAGCUACAGACAAAUUCAGCUAUACAAGGCAAAACCUUCCUGAAUGCUUAUGGCACUGACAAGUUAUAAAGUUCUUAGGAGUUCUUAAGGCCUAUUAAAAGCUUUUUAAAGUUAAACAAAGUAUGUAACCAUAUCAGAACUUGGGCAGGAAAGUGGCUGAGGGCUGUUCUAAAGACCCUGAGUGAUUCUGUUCUGUAGAAGUGUCCAAGCUCCCAGCUGGGUGUGUGGAUUUCCCCUGCCAUGGGCUGCAGAUCCUUUAUCCACUCCGUGUUCCCAGGCUGGGGCUGCAGCUGUGAGCUCUGAGAUUGUGUUUGGGCUGAGCAGCAGUGUUUGCCUGACAGAGCUCAGGGCUCACUGCUCUUGUUCCAGCCCUGCUCCUGCCCCUGCUCAGCUCAGGGCAGCUCCUGCCACAACCAAACGUGUCCCUGCUCUGUUUGUUGGUGGCUUCAUUUCAGCUCUGGUGGCUGCUCCUCUUUGUCCUUUCCCAGAGCUGCUUCAGCUCUGUGCCUUGGCUGGGCUGGGAGGGAGGAAGGUCCUAAAGCUCCUGGAAUCCCUUUGCUGGAGGAACUUGGCCAAGGGCUCUUGUGAUCCCUGAGGGCUCCAGCGUGUUCCUCCCGUGCCUGCAGGGAAUCCUGGCUGGGGCUGAGCUGCUCCUGCAGGAACAGGGGGGCUGUGGCUGACUGCUGGCACUGCUGCGGCGUGGGGGGUUGGCAGGAUGAUGCUGCAGCUGCAGGGACUGCUCUGCUGCCUCUGGGGACAGCUCUGCUGCCCCUGGGUCGGCUAUGCUGCCUGUGGGUCAGCUCUGCUGCCUCUGGGGACGGCUCUGCUGCCUCUGGAUCAGCUCUGCUGCCUCUGGGAUGGCUCUGCUGCCCCUAGAUCAGCUCUGCUGCCUCUGGGACAACUCUGCUGCCCCUGCUCAGGACCUGCACUGGUGGCUGGGACAGCACAGAACUGCCCCCGUGGGGGUGUUUGGUUCUGUGUCUCCCAAGUGGAGCUGUUGGCAGGUUCUGUGUUGGCACCUGGGACCUGUCUGGGAUGCUCUGCUGCCGCUGUUUCUGUUGUUCUCUCUGCUCUUUGGUUGUUUGAUGCUUUUGAGGAGUGGGAAGCUGCUGGGAUGGUGCCAGAGGCAGGUAAAGGACUCGUUGGGGUGGGUGUUGACUCCAGCCCUGGGCAGAGCUGAGAGCAGGGGCUGCAGUUCCCUGUGCUCUCCUCCCUGGGGCUCCUCUCUCCCACUACCACAGCCCAGGGCAGGUUUUCCAUGCACAGCUGGGUCAGUGCUGGGGGCCUGGCACGGUGGAACAUGGAUGCAGGAAUGAGUGAUUGGCAUUUCUAGACGCACAAUGCACCCACGCAGGGGCUGGCAGUGAAAGGGCAGAGCUGGGAGUGGAAAUCCUGUGAAAUGCAUCUUUUCCAUGAAGGUGAGUAAAGGAAUCACCCUAGAGUCACUGGGUAGAAGGGGUGAGCGUGGGUGUCACCUUAAGGUAAAUAAUUUUCAUUAUUGGUGAAGUUAAACCCUCAGUGUUGAACUUUCAGUGUCAGGUUGGUUGGAUCAGUGAGGGGAGUUUGCUGGAGGUGCCACUGCUGCUCCUCAUGGUACAAAAUGCACAUUGAAGUUCAUUCCUUCUCACCUCAGUGUGGAGAGCACAGGAGGGAGAACUCUGAGCCUCAGGCAGGGGAAGCUGUGGGUGUGCUGGGCUGGGGCUGGCAGGGCAGGAGCUGCUGUACCAGCCUUUCAGCAGAUCCUUCCUCCUGCCUCUGCAGAACCUGAUUUUAGCUGCAAGUCCUUGUUCCCUGUGAGAAAAUUCAUGGCCAGUGUCAGUUCAGAGCUGCCUCUGAUUGUGGGGUGUGUUUGACACCCCUGCCCUGGGAGGGCUUGGGGAGAAGUGGGGGAAAUUCCCUUUAUCUAGAAAUAAACUCCAAUACAGAGAAUUGGCAGCAGUGGGAAUGCUUUUGUCCCUAAAUCUCAGGAACGUUUUGGGCAGUGACACAGGAGUCCCUGGGUGUGUGAAGUGUGUGCUCUAGGGUCUGGAUUCCACUCCUCCUUGCAAUCCUCGGUAUCUAUAGCAUGAGUGGCCUUAGUGAGUUUGUUGAAGUGCACAUUUUUUUUUUUUUUUCUUUUCAAAAGUAAAUUUUAAGAUGAAAAAGAUAUAUACUAUAUAAAUAUAUAGAGAUAUUUAGAAACUUGGUUUGUGGUGCACAAGUUCAGUGUUGGAUCGCUAAAUACUCGUCGCAGGUACCAUAUGUGUAACUUUUCUUUUCUGUAUAUUCCUUUCUGGGAAGCAAUGUUGCCAUGGUAACUACAACUUUACAAUUUCUUUACUACUUAAUGAUGUGAAUGAAUUCUACAUUUUAUUGAAUAUUACCAGGUUCAGUACUAUUUUUAUACUUUAUUGAACUACAGGGGAUUUUAAUUUAAUAGCAUUAAAAAAAAUUAAAAAAAAAAAAGAUGUUGCUUGAACUGUAUAACUGUAUAAAUUGAACUUACACAAACCCACCUCUAAACCACAAUCUCCACCUGUAGUGCCACGUUCAUUUAUAUAAAAGUAUCUUGCUCAUGACUAGACCUUGCAGCCCCCCCUCCCUGUCGUGUCAGGAAAGUUUCCUCCCCACUCCUCCCCUGGUGCCCACGGAGCCAUCCUCUGUUUGUAACCAGCAUUGUGAUAUUCUGUAACUGUAUUGCUCAAAUGAAAUAUUGACCUAAUAAAUAGAGUGUUCCCGCA